GUUGCAAACAGUUCCGAGAAAAUAAACAUGUAAAUAACGGGCUGAGUCGCGCGGGGAGGGGGAGGGAGAAGUGACAGCGCGCACGGACGGACCAACGGAGAGACGGAACGGUGGACGAUGUUCACAUUUUAACGGUGGUACAACGGUCCUAACAGCGGCCCCGGACUGGCGAAACUGCUGAGAGAUCCGCCCUGCGCUUGAGACGUGGUACGCCUCGAACAGAUACACUGCCGUGGGUGCGCGUCCCAUCUCCAAAAAGGACUUUCACAACAACAGCGCACGGGACAAUGUAAACGGAUGUUUCAGCUGUUUUAAGUUCGAUUAGCAAAAACUGUUCGGUUCGGUGAGCAGAUGCAGGGAUGGUUAUUAACGUUAACCCCGUCAUAGUUUAACCGUUUAAAAAGUUUUGGCAAAUUCUGGGUUGGCGCAGAGACGGCUGCAGCGGGCUCGAUCACCGAUGACGCGACAGGAGAGCGCAUAGAGACUUCGUUGUGUGCUGUGUCUGACGUCACCCAGAGAGAAAUUAAUUUGAAACUCUGAAAAGUUUGAUUAAAGAUCUUGUAUUAGCUGAGCACGCAGACGCCCGGCUUACUGGAGGGACACGCGCUACUCUGCAUGACGCAAAGCUUUAGUCUGCUCUCCAUGAACGGUUAUUACGCUGUGUGUGCGUGUAAGAGAGAGAGAGAUAAGGUGAGAGAAACAGCUCAUUGAACAAGCUAUAGAAAUGUAUCCUUCCUUUUUGACUGUGUGAGAGAGAGAGUGUGUGUGUGAGAACAUUAAAGAGAGAAACGUUAGUGCACUAGAGUAGAUGGGUAGACUAGCAGUCUGGUAGACUAGCAGUCUGGUAGCAGACAGAUGUGUGUGAACCUGGGUUGCAGAACCAGUAUUACUCACACACAGACUCAACGUGCACUCACACACUCACCAGGUUGAGCAAUAGUUGUUACUGUACCACUCCCUCUGUACAAGCUGCAUCUGCUGAGGAGAGGGAGGGAGAGAGGGAGUGUUUGAGUUUGGUUGUGUUGGUGUGUAUGAGGGUUUGGUUGUGUUGGUGUGUGAGUUUGGUUGUGUUGGUGUAUGUGAGAGAUUGGUUGUGUUGGUGUGUGUGUGAGUUUGGUUAAGGUUAGUGUGUGUGUGAGAGAGAGAGAGAGAGAGAGAGAGAGAGAGAAGAGAGAGAUAAAAAAAGAGAAGAGAGAGAGAAGAGAGAGAGAGAGAAAGAGAGAAGAUGAGUGUGGGGAAGAAGAGGAGUGGUUUCCAGAUCACCAGCGUAACGUUAGAUUACCCUGGGGAGGCCAUGCCCCCUGCCCUACCAGCCAGCCAAUCAGCUCCAGUGGACUCCUCCCCGUCCCAGCAGGGCAGCUUCUCCCAGCCAACCACGCCCCUCUCACCCAGAAAAUACAACUCCCAGGAUGCACCAGCGCAGGGGGCGGGCUCUCCCCACAGCUCCAGGUUCCGAGUGGUGAGAUUGGCCCAGGGGCGGGACGAGCCGUAUCGCCGGGGGCGAUGGACCUGCACAGACUUCCUGGAGAGGGAGGAAGGGGCGGGGCUAAGGCGGGUGAUGGACAGCUUGAGACAGGCCCACUCUCUAGAGUCCCUGGAGACAAUUGGUCUAGGGGGGGUGGGGGGCGGGGCCUUGCAGACUCAUGUGCGCGCUCUUAGGGCGGGGAAUCUCGUGCACUCUCAGGGAACCUCCCACCUUCUGGCCCAGCCAAUGGCAGGCCAGGGGGAGGGGUUAGUGGGAGUGAGGCCCCUCCUCCUCCACAGUGGGCCCCCCUCCCCCACCCACCAUGCCCCCCCGCCCAGCCCCCGCCUCCGCUACCUGCCCCCCCCUCUACGCCUGGAGGUGGACGCUGCCGGGAGGUCUCUAUUGAGGGGGUCCCUUUCCCAGCCCAGCUCUCCUGGAGCCCCACAGUCCAGAGAUGGAGUGUUCCAGCCCAGCCUGACUCCCACCCCUACGCCCUCAGCCUUCAGCCUGGCCCAGUCCAUCUUCUCCCCAGGAGGGGCCUUCCACUUGGCGGGGGACGACAGUGGUUCCAGUAGCAGCAUGGUCGCCAUCGACAACAAAAUUGAGCAAGCCAUGGACCUGGUGAAGACCCACCUGAUGCUGGCAGUGAGGGAGGAAGUUGAGCUGCUGAGAGGACAGAUCUCCGAGCUGACCGAGAGGAACGCUCAGCUGGAGAGAGAGAACUACAUCCUGAGAGCCCUGAGAGACCGAGACUAACACGCACACAUCAUACACACACCAUACACACACAUACACACACCAUACACACACCAUACACACAGACACCAUACACACACAUACACACACACCAUACACACACAUACCAUACAUACACACACCAUACACACACAUACCAUACAUACACACAUCAUACACACAUCAUACACACACCAUACACACACAUACACACACACAUCAUACACACACACCAUACACACACACCAAACACACACACACCAUACAUACACCACACACAAGCUACUAACACACCCAGAUGACUCGUGGACUGUUUCUAUGGUUCUCUGUAGCAAUUCUGUAACCAUACAUGAUGAUGAUGAAGAAGAUUGUUACAGUCUAAUAAAUUAUAAUAUUUACU